AUGAGCAAUCCUAGUAGAGCUCAAGAACCAGCAAUACGUCUUCCUCCCACGAUUUCGCUCUGCAUUGAUGCACAGCGUCAACGUUUCCCAGGGUUGCUGCACAUGGUGCUAUCCAGGGCAUCUUCCGGUAUUGAUCCAGAGACAGAAGCUAUUGUGUCCUUUCAGGAUCAUGGCCGGGCCUUCAGGAUCCACAACCAAGAGCAGUUCUGUGAAAGAGUGCUACCAGUUCUCUUCUUGGAAGCAAUGUCAUGGAAUGACUUCUUGGAGCAGCUCAGGCGAUUUGGUUUCCGGCGUCUAACCAAUGCUGGUCCAGAUCAAGGAGGUACGCUUGCAGAACACAUUGUGUACAAUGAGACGGAGAUUGCUCCCUUGGAUCGACCUGGUCCAAACUUGGCCUUGAUUCAUCCGACUCCCUAG